AUGGCUUCAAAGCACAAACAGUGGACAGCUACCAUGAUCUGGUUGACAGUUGUACUGCUGCUUUCUUGCAUGCGGGCGUGCCAGGCCUCGACUUCAUAUCCCAGUGUGUAUGGGUACGAGCAGUACAUGCACCAAAGGUACCAGGAGUGGUCCGCCAAGUACGGCCGGCUGCAUGUGGACGCCGACGAGAGGGACCGCCGAUUUGAGAUAUUCAAGAGCAACGUGAAACUCAUAGAUCUCCAUAACCGCGCCGGGAACCAUCCCUACAAAUUAUCCGUCAAUCAGUUUGCAGACCUGACACUGGCGGAGUUCAUGGCCACCCUGAACUUGGUAUCAAUUAAAAUGGGUUCUUGUUGGGCAUUCUCUGUGGUAGCAGCCGUCAAAGGAAUCACUCAAAUAAAAACUGGCAACCUAAUUUCUCUAUCAGAACAAGAGUUAGUGGAUUGUGACAGAAAGCUUAAUAUGGGCUGCUUGGGAGGACUAAUGGUAUAUGUCUUCCAGUUCAUUAAAAAAAAUGGUCUUGCCCGUGAAACUAACUACCCAUACAGUGGAAGCGAUGGCGGACAUUGCAACUUGAAGAAAAUGACCAAUAAAGCUGCAGCCGCUAUCAGUGCCUUCGAACGAGUCCCCGCCAAUAGCGAGAAUGCGUUGUUGAAGGCGGUGGCUAACCAGCCAAUCUCGAUUGCCAUCAACGCUAGAAGUAGGCAAUUCAGGUACUACCGCGGCAGGCUAUAUACAGGUUGGUGCGAUAGUAGAUUGAACCAUGCCAUGACUCUGGUUGGUUAUCAGACUGACGAUGAAACUGGUGUGGAGUAUUGGUUGCUGAAGAAUUCUUGGGGUCUAGAAUGGGGUGAAGAUGGGUAUAUGAAGAUUCUGCGAGGUCGGUGUCGACUCGCUAGGGAUGCUUCCUAUCCCGUAAUCUAA